AUGUCGAGUGGCCCCGCUUACAACGACGAGAAAGGCUCGUCCUUGGGGGAGCCUGAAUAUGGACACGACCCGGCUAGCGGGGGCAUCUUCUCCAGCGACUACAAAAGGCAUGACGACCUGAAGGAGAUGCUGGAUAGUAAUAAGGACUCCCUGAAACUGGAAGCAAUGAAGAGGAUUGUAGCGAUGAUUGCUAGAGGAAAAAAUGCUUCAGAACUCUUCCCUGCGGUGGUGAAGAAUGUUGCCUGCAAAAACAUUGAGGUGAAGAAGUUGGUUUAUGUUUAUUUAGUUCGAUAUGCAGAGGAGCAGCAGGAUCUGGCUUUACUUUCCAUCAGCACCUUCCAGAGAGGAUUAAAGGACCCAAACCAGCUGAUUCGAGCCAGUGCCCUCCGUGUUCUCUCCAGCAUCCGCGUCACAAUUAUUGUCCCCAUUAUGAUGCUGGCAAUAAAAGAGGCUGCAUCUGACAUGUCUCCUUAUGUCAGGAAGACAGCUGCCCAUGCCAUUCCAAAACUUUACAGUUUGGACCAAGAUCAGAAAGACCAGUUAAUCGAAGUGAUUGAGAAGCUGCUGGCUGACAAAACCACUUUGGUUGCGGGAAGUGUGGUGAUGGCCUUCGAAGAAGUUUGCCCUGAGAGGAUUGAUCUGAUUCACAAGAACUAUCGGAAACUCUGUAACCUUCUGAUUGAUGUGGAGGAGUGGGGACAGGUUGUCAUCAUCAAUAUGCUCACACGCUAUGCACGGACCCAGUUCCUCAACCCCAACCAGAACGAAUCAUUAUUGGAGGAAAACCCGGAAAAAACAUUUUAUGGAUCAGAUGAGGAGGAAUCCAAGCAAGGGGAAAUGGAUGCGGCUGUGCUUCCGAAACGGAAACCGUAUGUCAUGGACCCUGACCACCGUCUACUGCUUCGCAACACUAAACCCCUUCUCCAGAGCCGGAAUGCUGCGGUAGUGAUGGCUGUGGCACAACUUUACUUCCACCUUGCUCCCAAAGCAGAGGUUGGUGUGAUAGCCAAGGCACUUGUUCGCCUGCUACGCAGUCACAGUGAGGUGCAGUUUGUGGUGCUGCAGAAUGUUGCCUCCAUGUCAAUCAAACGAAGGGGAAUGUUUGAGCCCCACCUAAAGAGCUUCUACAUCAGAUCCACAGACCCAACGCAGAUUAAAGUGCUGAAGUUGGAAGUUCUGACUAAUCUGGCCAGCGAGACCAAUAUCUCAACCAUUCUGCGUGAGUUCCAGACAUACAUCAAGAGUCAGGACAAGGACUUUGUAGCUGCCACUAUCCAGGCUAUUGGCCGAUGUGCUACCAACAUUGAUGAGGUCCGUGACACUUGCCUGAAUGGAUUGGUUCAGCUGCUAUCCAAUAGAGAUGAGUUGGUAGUUGCUGAGUCUGUGGUCGUCAUUAAGAAGCUGCUGCAGAUGCAACCGUCGCAACAUAGUGACAUCAUCCGACAUAUGGCAAAACUCAUUGACAACAUCAUGGUUCCAAUGGCAAGAGCCAGUAUCCUUUGGCUUAUCGGUGAGUACUGUGAACAUGUGCCCACGAUCGCUCCCGAUGUGCUUCGGAAAAUGGCCAAGUCCUUCACCAAUGAGGAAGACAUUGUUAAGCUGCAAAUCAUUAACCUGGCUGCCAAACUGUACCUUACCAACUCCAAACAGACCAAACUGCUGACUCAGUACGUUCUUAAUCUGGCCAAGUAUGACCAGAACUACGACAUCCGGGAUCGAGCCCGUUUCAUCCGGCAGCUCAUCGUUCCAACAGAGAAGAGUGGAGUGUUGAGCAAGUAUGCCAAGAAGCUGUUUCUGGCCCAGAAGCCUGCUCCAGUCCUCGAAUCCUCCUUUAAAGAUCGGGAUCAUUUUCAGCUCGGCUCAUUGUCCCACCUGCUGAACAGCAAAGCUGGAGGCUACCAGGAGCUCCCUGAUUGGCCUGAGUCUGCCCCUGACCCCUCUGUCCGCAAUGUGGAGGUUUCAGAAUGGACUAAACCCAGUAGCCGAGAGAAGAGAAAGGAGAAGGUGGAAAAACCUUUCUAUUCUGAUUCUGAGGGGGAGUCUGAACCUACUGAAUCGGCAGACAGUCAGUCCCCGACUGCCAGCGAGUCUGAAAGCAUGAGUGAAAUUGAGAGUGAGAGUGGCUCAGGGAGUGAUGAAGAGAGUGAUGAAGAGAUCAAAUCAGACAAGGAGAACAAGAAGAAAGCAAGAAAGGAGAAGAGCAAGAAACAAGAUGACAGCGAGGACAGUGGGCAAAGUGAAGGUGAAGAGAAGACCAUGAAGAAACGCAAAGAGGAGGAAGAAUCGAGUUCCUCGUCUUCUUCCUCCUCUGAGGAAAGUUCAUCAGAGAACAGCUCAUCAGAAUUGGAGUCAGAGGGGGAGUCUGAAUUGGAUACCAAUAAAAAGAGCAGGAAGAAGCUUUCCACAGCAAAACCACCUCCGAGGCCGCUUGAGGCCAAACAGAAGGAGAUCUCACUCCUUGACCUAGAUGACUUCAGCUCACCCACAACUUUCCAGAGCAGCCCCUCCCCUAACACAUUGCCCAAGAGUCUCAAUCUGGAUCUACAGGGAUUAACAUUAACUGACACAACCCUACUAUCUGAGGUGUCAAGUCCCUUGCUGGGGGGAGUGAAAACCUAUGAGUUGCUUCAUCGCAUCACAGGAGAGGGGCUGUCGGUGGAGUAUUACUUCAACAGGCGGCCAUUCAGCCCAGACCACACCAUGGUCUCCGUCCAGAUGCAGUUCACCAACAAUUCGGAAAUGGAAUUCCGAAAUCUCCACAUUGCCGAGCCCAAGCUACAGCCAGGAAUGAGAUUGCAGGGAUUCAAGGAGAUUGCAAUCCUCCAGCCAGGUGAGGUCAUCGGAGAUACAUUGGGCAUCGAUUUUUGUGAUUCCACUCAAGCAGCCAACUUCCAGCUGUGCUCCCAGACCAGGCAGUUUUAUAUGUCCAUUCAGCCGCCUGUGGGGGAAUUGAUGAUGCCGGUUUUCAUGACUGAGAACACUUUCAAGAAGGAGCAAGAACAACUGUUAAAUCCCAGUGCUGGAAAAUUGAUGGGAAUGAAUGAAAUCAAGGAGAAACUGACCCUCCCAGAGAAAUGCCGGAGUGACCAAGCCAUUGUCCAGAAGGUGUUGUCUACAGCCAACCUUGGGCGAGUGCCAUGUGGGCUGGAUAAUGAGUACAGGUUCGCUGCUCGAACAAUCAGUGGUGGUGCUUUGGUUCUCGUUACCCUGGUAGCCAAAGAAGAUGGAGCUGCUCAGCUAACGAUUAACUGUGAGAAGAUGGUGAUUGGCACGAUGAUGGUGAAAGACAUAAUGCAGGCACUGACCCAGUGAUGAAGCUCAUAUAUCUCUCAGUCUG